CAGGAUGCGCGCAGUCGCCGCGGCCCUCGGCGUGGCGGAGGAGGGCGAGGAGCACAGCCCAGACGUCGGCCUCGCACGGGGAGCGGGCGGCCGCGGCGCGGCCACGUGCGAGGAGUUCACCGUGGGGCAGGUGGUGGAGUACCACAGCAGCACCGCGCGGGAGUGGCUGAAGGCGACGGUCCGUCGCGCCAACGAGGACGGCACCUACGAGGUGGACGGCGAGAGCUCCGUGGCGCCCCGCCGCAUGCGCGUGCCGCAGGGCCUGGGCUCGGAGGACGAGGUGGUCGCGUUCUCGCGGCUGCAGUCGGAGGCGAAGGGCGCGGGCCUGUCGCCCCUCCCGGCACCCGGGAGGGCCGGCCCCCAGGUGGGCGCGGCCCUCGAGGGAGGCGCGGCGGAGGCGAAGGUGGCAGGCGAGGCAGUCUUUGUCGCCGGGGAGGACGUCGAGUGCCUGCAGGACGGCGAGUGGAGGCAGGCGAAGGUGCUC